AUGGUCGGCAUUAUCGGCAUGGAGAUUUACUUCCCCCGAACUGCCGUGCGGCAAUCUGAGCUGGAGAAAUUCAUGGGUGAGAAGGAAGGGAAGUUCACCAUCGGCCUGGGACAACAAAACAUGGCCUUCUGCAACGAUCUGGAGGACAUCAACUCCGUUUGCAUGACAGCCGUUGCGAACUUGCUCGAGAAGUACAACAUCGCUCCGACUGACAUCGGGAGGCUGGAAGUUGGCACAGAGACUCUCAUUGACAAGUCAAAGUCCGUCAAGACCAGCCUGUGCCAGCUGUUCAACUCCCAUGGGAACUUUGACCUCGAAGGAGUUGACAACAUCAACGCUUGCUAUGGAGGAACGGCUGCCUUGCUGAAUACCAUCUCCUGGGUUGAGAGUUCUGCAUGGGAUGGACGCUACGGCCUGGUUGUUUGUGGAGACAUUGCAGUGUACGAGGAAGGUCCGGCUCGUCCGACAGGCGGGUGUGCGGCAGUCGCCAUGCUCAUCGGGCGCGAUGCUCCUCUUGCCAUGGGGUCGAUCCGUGCCAGCCACAUGGAAGACGCUUACGACUUCUACAAGCCCAAGUUGGACAGCGAGUACCCCACUGUGUUUGGACAGGAGAGCAACGUAUGCUACUUGCGCGCUCUCGAUGGUUGUUAUCGAAGGUUCGCAUUGAAGUACGAGAGCGCCAACAAGACUCCUUUCAACUUGGGACAAGUUGACUCAGUGGUGCUUCACUCCCCGUACAACAAGCUCGUCAAGAAGUCGGGGGCCCGCAUGCUCUACAACGACUUCCUCCGAAACCCCGACCUUCCAAUCUUCAAGAAGAACGGCGAGAAGAGGAGCUGGAGGAGAUACCUGCACACCUGCUCAUUCCCUCCUCUUAGGUACGCUGCCAAGGUCGAACCGUCCGUCCUGCUCCCUCAGGAGCUCGGCAACUCCUACACGGCCUCCAUGUACACAGGCCUCCUCUCCCUCAUCCACAACUGGCACAAGCCCAAGGCUGGGGCGCAAGUGGACACGGAAGAGCAGGCCAAGGGCAAGCGUGUCCUCAUGUUCAGCUAUGGCUCCGGUCUGGCCGCCACGCUCUACAGCAUCCAAGUGGCAGGAGCCACCGGCCACAUCGCGCAGGCAGCGAACUUGGAGGAGAGGCUGAAGGAGAGGAAAUUUGUGUCCCCGCAAGAAUUCACCGAGACCCUCAAGGACAGGGAGACAAAGUACGGGAAGUUCGACUGGUCGCCCGAGGGAGACCCUUCGGAGCUCUUUCCUGGAACCUACAGGCUGACUAAGGUGGACAAGCAUGGGAGGAGGUCGUACGAGCGAGUCCCCGUCUCUCCGUUCCGUGAGUACACACGAGCUGCGUAUAUCGACUACUCACCCGGAACUCUUGCAGGCACGACGAUCAAUUUUGGGAAGCAAGCGUGA